AUGCCUCGCCUGGCACCAUCCCUAUUCCGCCGGGCGGCGGCCGUCUCGCCGCACGUCAGGACUCUGUUGCCCGCAUGCCGCGACAUCCAGUCGGCCGCGAACGAGCUGCGAUGGAUCAGGGCGCACGUGCAGGAGACUUUGGCCUUGCAUCGCGGACCCAAGCUGUCGGGAGAAGGCAAGGAAGCUCGCGUGGCGAGGUUAUGUGCGAAGCGGGGACGCGGCGUGCCGUUGCAGUACGUCCUCGGAUCGCAGCCCUUUGGAAGGCUCGACAUCCGGUGCCGGCCGGGCGUUCUAGUUCCCCGCGCCGAGACGGAGGCCUACGUGAUGCAUCUUGCCGACGUGGUCAAGGCCAGCCUGCCUGAGAUGCGGGAUCAGGUGAGGGUUGUGGAUUUUUGUACGGGGACGGGAUGCAUUGCACUCGGACUUUACGAGGGUCUCGCGAGGUGGGCGGAAGCGGUGGAUGUCACCGGCGUGGAUGUCUCGGAAGCGGCUGUGGAUCUGUCGCGGGAGAAUCUGAGGCGGAAUGUUGACGCCGGGGUGCUCUCACCUCCAAGCGAGGAGCGGAGUAUCACGUUCAGGCGUGAAGACGUCUUUGACGAUGCGGCGAUGAGAACGAUCCCGCCGUGCGACGUACUCGUCUCAAAUCCACCGUACAUCUCGCGUGACGUGUGGACAUACGGGCAGGGGCAGAUGGGAUACUCGGUGCGGAAGUAUGAGCCGAAACUUGCGCUCGUGCCUGGGGACUCGACGCCUGUUUAUGAGGGUUGCGACCACGCUGAUGUGUUUUAUGCGCGGCUGCUGGAUGUUGCGCGGUGGUUGAGGCCGAACAUCCUGUUGUUCGAGGUCGGCGACCUGGAGCAGGCUCUCCGGGUUGUGAGGCUUGUUAAGAGGCAUGAACUCACAGGCCAGGCUGGAUGCGAGCUUUGGAGGGACUGGCCGGAUUUGACACCGCAGGAGGAUGAGGCUCAGAGGUUGGAGGUUGAUGGGGAGGACCUUGUGGUCAAGGGGAGUGGAAAUGGUACGACCAUGGGUAUCGCCACAUUUCUACAACGCGUUGUGAAGAACGAUGCCAUGAAGGAGGAUCCUCCAGAGGUGUACGGCUGGAGAGUAGUCGCUCUUACCUGCGCAUCCUGUUUCGGCGGCAUGCUCUUCGGAUGGGACAGCGGAGCCAUCGGCGGCGUUCUCGCCAUGGAAGAAACGCAAAAGCAGUUCGGAUACUUCGAGGCCUCCGUGGCAGAAAAGUCGACCCAGGACCAGAACAUCGUGUCGACCCUCCAGUGCGGCUGUCUGCUCGCGUGCCUGGUCACACCCUAUCUCACCGAUAAGUACGGCCGGCGCUGGUCUCUCAUUACGACGGGUGUUAUCACCAUCAUCGGGGUCAUCCUCCAGGCCGCGUCAGCGGAGCAUGGGACCUUGGCUUUGAUGUUCGUAGGCCGCUUCGUUGCGGGACUUGGUGUCGGCGCCGCCUCGAUGCUGACGCCUCUGUACGUCUCGGAGUGCGCGCCGAGGGCCAUCAGGGGAGGUCUCACUGCGUUCUAUCAGCUUUUCAUCGUCACCGGAACGAUGCUCAGCUUCUGGAUAAACUACGGAAGCCUCCUCCACCUCAGCGGAAAGGCGCUCUACGCCGUGCCCCUAGCCUUACAAGCCAUCCCCGCGGUGUUCCUAUCCACCGGCAUGCUCCUCUGUCCCGAAAGCCCCAGGUGGUGCGCCAAGCAGGACCACUGGGAGAAGACGCGAGCCAUUCUCGUCCAUCUCAGGGGCCUGCCCGGCGACCACCCGUACAUCCAAGGAGAGCUGGACGAGAUGUCCGAGCAGCUCGAGGCCGAGCGCCGGCUCGUGGGCGACGCCACGGCCGUGACGCUGCUCAAGGAGAUGUGGCUCAUCCCGGGAAACCGCAAGCGUGCUGUGAUUUCGUUUUUCCUGAUGAUGGGGCAGCAGAUGAUCGGGGUCAAUGCCGUGAACUAUUACGCCCCCCAGAUCUUCAAGAACCUCGGCAUGAGCGGCACCGAGACCUCCCUCUUCGCCACCGGCAUCUACGGCGUCCUCAAGGUCGUCGCCUGCGCGUGCUUCCUCACCUUCGUGGCGGACUCCCUCGGCCGCCGCUGGAGCCUGAUAUGGACCGGUUUCGCCCUGGGCCUGGUCAUGUUCAUCGUCGGUAUCUACGGUUGCGUUAGUCCUCCCGUAGAGGGACAGCCUAUCCCGCCUUUCGGCUACGUGGCCAUCACAUGCAUCUACAUCUGGACCGUCGUCUUCCAGCUGGGCUGGGGCCCGUGUUGCUGGAUCCUCGUGUCCGAGAUCCCCACUGCUCGUCUGCGCGCCAUGAACGUCGCCCUGGCGGCGCUGACGCAGUGGUUGUUCAACUUCAUCAUCGCACGCACCGUCUUGACGAUGCAGCUGACGAUGGGCUACAAGGGAUAUGGAAUGUUCUUCAUGUUUGGCGGAUUCGGCUUCGCUAUGGCGCUGUUCGUUUAUUUCUUCAUCCCAGAGACAAAGGGCCUCAGUCUGGAGAAGAUGGAUGAGCUUUUCGGUGUCACACAGAUGGCUAAGGAUAUGGGAGAUGAGUCCAACAGGCGUGUGGGCAGCGUCCAUGAGCAAACCGCAGAGAAGCGUUAG